AUGGGAGGUAAUUCUGUAAGUGGAAAUGAAUUCAACCCAAAACAUUGGAUGAUGCGAACCAAUGCUUCCGCUCAAAAUCAGAUUCCAGGACCUACAGCUGCUAUAGACGCACAAAACAGUGCUGCAAUGGUCUGCCACAAUGCUCUCAUGAUCGCAAUGGGGUAUCGUCUCGACUUUUUCAGGCAUAUUCCUGCUGGCAUGACUCAAGCUCAGAUGAUCGCUAAUCGCCGGGGUCAAAUUGCUCUCGAGCUCCAUCGUGGCCAGUUGGCUGCCGCCCCAAGUCGGCAAUACAUAGCACCCAUGUGGCCGGAGCAAAGCUACAAUUUUCGAUACACAAGCGGAUCUACACAGUACAAGAAUCUCAUUGCCAAGCACUGCAAUUACGGAGCUGUGGAAGAGUUGUCCCGUCGAGAUCGCGCGAGAUGGUAUCGAGGUAUGCCACCUAAAAUCGAUUUUGAUAUCGGUCGCAGGAUAACGAAGGCUAAUCUCAUUCGUUACGGCCUGACGCGAGGAAUUCCCAUACAUAAUAUGCGGUAUGCUUCAUGCGGUCCGUUGCGGAAUAUCAUUGAAAAGUUCGAUUACAUGGCAAGAACACAGGCUAAUGGUAAGCCGGCUAUUAAUCCUCCUUCAUAUUGA